UGCUAAGUUGUAGCAGCUUGUACGUUUCUGUAAAAUCAAGCCCACUCUUGAUGAGUUAGUAGCUUGAAGUCAUUACGGGUGCAAUGCUUAUAUGAAAAAACUAAUAGAAAAUGUCUUCACUUUCUAACUUGGGAACUGAAAUUUUUCUGUCUUUGGAUUUUUGGCUACUAGUAAACAAAAUCCAAGGCAGUUAAGUUUGUUACUUUUUUUUUUUUUCCUCAGAGUAACAGAACUUGCUGCUUUCCCCACCCCCUUUCCUGUGAUUUUUCCUUUGCAGAUCUUGCCAUGGGGUGCGGACUACGAAAGCUAGAAGACCCAGAUGAUAGCAGCCCUGGAAAAAUAUUUUCUACGUUGAAGAGACCGCAAGUGGAAACAAAGACUGACUCUGCUUAUGAAUAUGUAUUGCUGGAUUUUACUUUAGAAGUGUCCUCGAAUCCAGAAGUUAUCAAAAUCAGUUCUGUGUUGGAUAUAGCAACAAAAGUGGAAGAGUAUUACAUCAAAGGAUAUGUUGUAGGAGCAAUUCAUCCUAUUAUAUUACCUGUUGGGCGAAGAAAGCACUUUUCUGCAAGUUAUUUGUAUCGAGUGGUACUAUCACGACUCAAAUUAAGCCCGAAGCAUACAGCACCCAGAAGACAAAGACACCCCAGGCUUGUGAUUGAGGAAUGUCCUUUAAUGUAUGAAACACUGACAAAUGACGUAGUCAAAGGAUUGUUAGAAAAGGUCAAUGAAGCUGCUAAAAGAGGGAAGAAGUUUGUUGGAUUUAUAACACAGCAUUUUCCUCAACCUAAAUUCUGUAAUGGCACAAACACAGAUGGAAAUGUGGACUCUGAAUCAGCACUAAGCAUAAGGAGUAGAGAGCACAGGAAAUACAAUUAUGAUGAAAACUAUAAAAACUGGAAUGAAGGGACUUUGAGUGGUCAGUCAUCCGAGAGUGGAAUAGAGGAAGAAAUUCAGCCAGAAAGGGGACAGUUACAGGAUGCUGAUUUCCAAUUUGGAAAAGAAGGCAGCCCCAGACCUACUAAACCAAGGAAAGGAGAAGAUAAUAAAUUAUAUACAGUCUUCAAUGUUUUUGAUGAUGACUCAACCUGCUGGACCUAUUAUGAGGGCAUUUUGUCUAUGAAAGUAACAAGAAAAGGGGCAGUCAUUAGUACUCUGGAUGCAGACUGGCUAGAACUAACCGCAUUUUAUUAUAAACAAGGAUUGUCAUUAAUUGAUUCUUUUGUAUACUGGGAAACUUCUAAAGGAGACCACAUGCCCAAAUCUUUAGAAGGAUUAUUUAUAUAUGAAGAAGAAGGUUCAGGAGUUCCAGGUUCUAACAGGAAAGGAAAUGACACAAUAGUUGUAGAACAAUGGACUGUCAUUGAGGGAUGUGAAAUUAAAACAGAUUAUGGACCUUUACUGCACACGCUUGCUGAGUUUGGAUGGCUUCUUACAUGUGUACUGCCUACACCGAUCAUCCGACAUGACAGUGAAGGAAAUCUGGCCACAAAGCAAGUUGUUUUCCUUCAGAGACCUGUUAUGUGGAAUUCAAACACCCAGACCCCAGAGAAAUCCACAAGGCAGCUCAGAAGUGACGAGAAAGGCAAAGUCUCUAGCAGAAGUAUUGGAUUAGACACAGCUACAUCUCUCCCUGCAGAAAGUGGGCAUCCACCUGAUGAGUUUCAUCUGUCUCCUUUUAAACCAUGUUGGAGCAAGGAGGGAUCUGCCCCAUAUGAAAGCUUCUCAGGAUUCAAUAGCAGCGAUAGUGUGUUAAGGGAACUGGAUGAUGGACAGUUCGAGCAGGAAGAUGGAGCCACUCAGGUCACAUGUAUGUGACCAAGUAAGUAACUUGUAUUGGAGGGAACUGUAAAUAAUUAAAACAAAUGUAAAGACUGAAUUUACUACAUUACUUUAUAUGCAUUUGUAUAAUCCUUUGGUUUUCCCAGACUCAUGUUUAUAUAUCUUUUGCUUCUUUCUAGAGUUAUACUGUUAGCAAAUAAUACUACUACUGUAAAAUACCGUGGGUUUAUGUCUGUUCUUAAUGGAACAUUGCAUUUCUAGAACUCUGCUAACUUCACUGGUGAUAUUCUCAAUGAUGCUUAUAAACAACAGGGAAGAAAACCUGGCAGAUCAGUUAUGGCUUGUGGUCUAAGAGACAGUGGAGUGGGAAAACAAUGCUUUCCACAAGUAGAGGGAAAUGGUAUUUUUCUAAAAGAGUAUCACAAAUGUUAGGGGAUUUUAAAAAGUUAACUAUAAAAUACUUGACUGUCCUUUUAAGUUUUAAUUGCAAUUUUCAGUUUAUUUGCCUUGCCUAAAUCCAGAACCUGUUAAACCUAGAAAUUUCAGUGCUGCACUUUCAGUCUCAGUGAGAGUACUAUAGCAGGAUGUACCUAACACACAAAGCCACAUUCCAGCUUGCAUAUGUGCACACCGUUAAAACCAAGGGCAAUGGGAGUGUGUGGGGUGGAUGUUUUCUGCCCUUAUUCAGUUCCAUCUAAAAUAAAGGAGCUGUCAGGGACAAUCCAAAGCUAAGACAAAGGACCUCCCAGGGCAUAGUCAGCACAACUAAGUAUUACCUUGCCAGUUAAUAGAAACAGGUCAUUUGGAAGGCUAUGCAGAGAGUGCUACCAGUAAGAUUAUGGAUGCACAGUAAUGCUGCGUGUAUAUAGCUCUGUUUUGGGGGCAGUCAUGUGGAGAGGCAAAAUUUGACCCCUUGGCUCAUAUAUGAAAAUAUAAAAGCUAUGUCUCAACUGAAUACCUAAUCAGUGUGUGUAAAAUGUAUUCACCUGUUCAUAAAGUUCCUGGCUGGAAGAGUCUUGCUUGCAGAGGUAAUUAUGAAAACUAUUAUAGAUCAGCAUCCUCAAGGAGAGUAGCUCAAGAGGCUUGAGUACUAAAAGACCCUAACAUUGAUGUAGGUGUGUUGGAAGAGGUGUUAAUAAUGAUUUUCUACAGCUAUAUUGCAAUAAUACUUGAUUCAGUCACUGCCUAAUUUGAUCAGCCAUUUAGUUUAUUAAAAAACCUCUGGAACCAAGUCAUUAGUAUAAAAAUAAAUUAACAUCCUUUCAUCCUUUAUUCUGAUCAAUGUUGGGCUCUUUAGGCUGGUAUUGUAAUUCAGUCAUUGCCUAUAGAAAGUUGCCAUUUAAUUAGAAUCAUAGAAUAUCAGGGUUGGAAGGGACCUCAGGAGGUCAUCUAGUCCAACCCCCUGGUCAAAGCAGGACCAAAUCCCCAUUUUUUGCCCC